GCAUCACUGAUGCAUGUUGCACUUUUGCUGCCCUUGAAGAUGAUCACAGUCCAGGAAAAGAAAAUGGCAAAACUACCUCAUUGGAGAGCCCUUCAUUACCAGCACCUCAUCAUCUUCACCUUCCUCUUCCUAUUACAAGAAGUGACCUAUCUCAAGUCCCCCAACCCCAAAAUCAGAUGGACCAUUCUCUUUCAGUCCCUGCUAGCCUUCCCUCACGAAACCAGAACAAACUUGAAUUUUCAGAUGUAAAAAGCUUUCAGAUCCCUGAGUGCAUGGAAACAGAGGCAGGAAACCAGAUGCCUUUACAAUCAUUGGAUAAUCCGUUAACUUUUCUGUCUCCAGAUAGUCUGUCUGCUUCUUCUCAGGCAUCAUUAGGAGAAAAGCACAUACCACAAUAUGAAAACAUUUAUAGCAGUCCACAAAACACUCUGAAACAUCCAAGUUCACAUACUGGCAAUGAGUUUCUGCCAAAACGUAUAUUGACAGAUAUGAGUUCACACAAAGCUUGCAUGGAAGAGUAUGAUGGUACACAGGAAGACGAUACUCUUCAAAAUAUAAGAACAAAAGCUCAACUGGAAAAACCCAAACAAGAUUUGGAGGAGCCACUAGUAAGAAAAGUUGAAGAGUCUUCUCAAUCUGUACAAUCAAAUACUGAUUCUGUGUUUGAUGUGAUUGUAGAUAACAGAUCGACCCAAGCAUCCUCAACUGAUGGUUCCUCUAACAUUGAUGAAGUGCAGCAGCCCAGUGAAAUUGGAAAGGGAAUUGAUGGUGCAGACACCAAUCUGCAGCACGUCACUGAGCCAUCUGAAAUAGACCUCAAAAUAAAUGAUCUGUAUAGCUGUCGAAAGAAAACUGAGGUGGGCAAAAGACCAUCAACUGAUUCUUUAAUUGGGAACAAUGAGAUUUGUGAUGCUGAAAUUAUGAGCUUUACAGAACAGCAGGUCGAAGAUGUUAGAAAUGUGACAUCAACAAAGUCAGAUGUCAACAACCAGGAGGGGGAAGUCCUUAUUUCGGAAAAGGAAUUUAAGAAAAACUGUUCAAACUCCUGUGUACCUCAGGUGGAUAGACCUAUUGAGUUUACAAAUGGUGACACGGGAGAACAGUCCGAAGUUGUUAUUGAUGUUGAUAAAAAGCAAGAAGAGAUACAUUUGUUUACUGAGAUUAAAAUGUCUUCCUAUCAGCAGCAUCAGACUUCAGAAUCUGAUCAGUAUGAUUCACACCUAUCUCCUGUAGCCACUUUAUUUGAAUUGCAUCGUGAGUUGGUUUCUUCUUGUCAGGACACUUCCUUGAAGAUGUCAGCCAAAUUAGAGGACAAUAGUCAGUCAGUCACAACAGAUCAGGAAGAACAUGUUCAACUAAUGGAAGUCUGUAAAGAGUGUUCAGAGAAAGAUGCCUUAAAUGAGGUAUGUUUCAAUGCAGAGCUGGAAUCUGAAAUGGAAAAAGAACUAGUGUUAACAGCUGAGUCUGAAAUUUCUUCUAAAAGAGACAUCAGUUCUAAUCAAUUUACAGCAAAAUUGAUCCAUGUGACACAUGAUGAAUCUGAGGAAAUUUUGAUACAGGAAACAGAAGAUGUGGAUGGAGGUUUUAUUCUUGUGUCAAAAGAUUUAACUAACGAAAUGGAUGUUUCCCCCACUGACGAAUUGUUGGAGACCCAAGAAUUAUCACUACAGAGUAUAGAAUAUGCAUCUGACACUGCAGUGGUUAAAAGUAGUCAGACCUCUCAAAGUACUGAGACACAUUUGGUGACGCAUAAUGUAGAUUGCAGUCCAGAAGUUCCGGAGGUUUCAGGUGCUUCAAUGAUGUGUGAAGAGACCGUGAAAGCCAACAUGAAUCAGCCUGAUGGGCAUUCUCUGGAUAGUCCUGUAGAACUACGUCCUUCAGAUUUAUCAAACCAGCUUUUCCCAGCAGCGAACAUCGAACGAAUAAGAACAUCAGGAUUUAGUCAGCAGGAAGCAGUGGAAGCUCUUGAACGUUGUCAUGGAGACACAGAUUUGGCUCUUCUGGUUCUUCUCGCAAGAGGAAUUGUGGUUCCUAUGUGAAGUAGUUUGAUAUGUAACAGUUGCAUAGUUACAAACUGGUACUGUUAGACAUCUGGGCUGACAAAUAUGUGCAUCUUUAAUUGAAAGAAAGGAAGUUUAAAUCAAAGUCACUUUUUUAGUAUUGGGAGUAACCAGUUUUAACAGUUGAUUAUCAUCUGCAGCAAACUUGUUACGUUACAGCAGCAUUUUCUGUGCCAUUCUGGAGUCAUUAAUCCACUCCAGCAUAUUCACAGGUACCCAUAACCCAAACAACACAUCUAUUUAAAUAUUGUACCUAAUGCUACUUAGAAUUACAAAUGCCUAUGAUAUUUUUAACUGAAUGUUCACAAAGAUGGUUUGGAGCAGCAAGAGAAAGGACAAAAGUGGCGGGUUUAAAUCCCUGGGAGAUGAUGUUCUUGUAUGCACAGUAUUCAUGGUGGAAUCAUGUUAGAUUUUAAAAUCUGUGCAAGGUCAGAAAUUGUCUACAUUAGAUUUGUGGGUUUUGGUGUUUGAUUUAACUAUAGGGAGAAGUGGAAAAUUUCUAUCAUGUUUCCUCCAUAAGAGUUCAUGUACUUUGCCUUCUGAGUACAGAGUUUUUUAGAAUUCUUUUACUCUUUUAUAGCCUUUGUCAAAUCUAAGUCAGCAACACCACCUUUGCUGGACAUUGGUCUUGUGAAACUGAGGCACAUUCAGUAUUCACACUUGGCUAAAGUUGUUUCAUGAAGAUAUUUUGGAAUUUUUUUUUUGUUAGGCGCCACUAGUGAUGUUGCUAUAAUCUUCAAUGGGUGCUUAUUGCAAUCUCUAAUCUUUUUUUUAAACCAAAUAAAAAAAAGCUAUUGCCAACAAAGUAUUGGUUUAUGUCUGCUGAUGGUCGUACUUAUGAAUUGAUGUGAUGAAGGCUAGAAAUUUGAACUGUUUCUAUUUCUCACCUCUGAAAGCUGAUUUCAGCUAAAGUGCCAGUAAGUAGUAGUUAAAGUGUGAAGUUUAGCCUUUAGGAAUGGGACAAGAAGAUGAUCUUUAUUCCAUGCUGUAAAUGGCUGAAGCUGUUCAGCUGGCCUCUGUGUCAGAUUUUCUUUUUAAAAACCAUUAAAACAAA